CAAUGUUUUUGGUGUAUUUUCGCGAUUUUCCCAGAAGAUUUUCACAGACAGACCACAUAUUUGCGCCUAAAGGGUAGUUUUCAAUCGACACCGAUCAUUUGGGGAGCAAUUUCUCUAGUCUUGUAUUUUCGGUAGAAAAUACAAGACGUCAUCCCCACCUGGUUGACUGCCCAAACAAACUCCGGUGAAGGUUGAUGGAGAGCUCCAAUUGCCAGUGAUCCCCAGUUUUCAUCUGCCGUGGCGUGAGGAGCACACGUGAGUGUGGUGCCUGUGAUUGCAGAGAAUGCGUGUCACGAGUGCCCAGUGAUUCCCUAUCGCCUGUCGCGUGUGCUUUGCGCCCCCCGAACGGCCACCUUGGGACUUUGACAAGUGAGCGAUGGCCGUCUUCUCGUGGCUGGAGGGCCGCAGUCGCGGCUUCCGGUCCCGGAUCGGCGACACAGAUCGCAUCUGCCGGAGUCUCUAUUCCACCAUCGAGCCAACGGACGUGUGGACAAACCAGAACGUCAACAAUCAUCUCUGGGGCGGCGUCUACAACUUGGAGUUCUCUCCGGACGGAUCCAUUCUUGCGGCGGCGUGCGAAAAGAGAUCAAUUGUUCUCUUUGCAACGAACACCUUUAAGGAGACCAAAAUCAUUCGACAAGCACACACGGACUGUGUCAAUUGUGUAAAAUUUCUGGAUGAUCGAAUGUUUGCAUCCUGCUCAGAUGACUGCAGUGUUGUUUUGUGGGACGUUCGGAAUCUGAAGACACGCGUCCGGACACUGCUAGGACACUCGAACUGGGUGAAGAACAUCGAAUACUCCAAGAAGGACAAUCUUAUCGUUACUUCCGGCUUCGAUGGAAGUAUCUUCACAUGGGAUAUUAAUUCCACCACAGAAAGUGGACUGCUCUACAGGAAUGUUUUUCAUACUACAGGUUUGAUGAGAUGUCGGCUGACGCCGGACGCUAGCAAACUCGUGAUCUGCACGACAGGAGGCUACAUGAUAAUAAUCCAUGAUCUCAACCUGGAGACCCUGGCGGAGGACCUGAAGGGCUUCCGCCCCAACUUGCAUAGACUGAUGCAGCUGGGCCGCCAGCUGAUUCCCUUCGCCUCGCAAUUCACCCACUUGUUCCUGCGCUCGCAGAAGGAGAACCGCGUGGAGCUGGUCAGUGACUUUCCCGAGGGCAAUGACGCUGAGGUGAUCAGCUCGCUGCAAAUUCAUCCGCACGGCUGGACUGCGCUGAGUCGCAACAUCAGCUACGAUGAGAGCUCUGAGUUCACGUGCGUGCACGACAUUCAAGACUUCGAGGAGGAGAGUGAUACGGAGGAUGACAUCGAGAAGGAGGUGGAUUGUACGAUAAUUGAGCGACGGAUGAGAAUCCUGAUGCCCGAUUCGCCGCUGUAUGAGCGCAAUGCCGCCCGAUUGGUGGCGCUGCGUCGGGAGGCGAUGAACCGCGAGAAUCGAGUGACGAGUGAGGAUCUGCAUCCGGACAUCUGGGAGAUUCAGUGGCCGCUGAUGAACAGGAAUACGCACCAUAUGAACUCAUCGCACAGUCGCCUGGAGCGCUUCCGUAGUGGCAUUGUGCCUGAGGAGGCUCGGAGUGCGUCCACACCAGCGGCUGGAAGCAGUAGUUCUGGCACAUCGACGAUUGCCCAGAUGCGCGCUGCCACUGUGGCGGCGGCGAUGAUCACUGGUCCGCGAACGGAGGCAGAACGCAGCGUGCUCGAGGACAUGAUUGUGGACUCGGGUGAGGAGUUCGUGAUGCCACGCGAGGAGCACACGCUGAUGUCGGCGAAGAGGCGACGCGUUCAGCAGAAUGCAAAGCGGAUGCUUUACUACAUCGAAGAGCCAAACAUUGGGAAGCGCUUCAUCAAGGAGCUCUGCUUCUCCUCCGAUGGCAGGAUCAUCUGCUCACCGUAUGGCUAUGGCAUUCGGUUGCUCUCCUUCAACCGCGAGUGCAGUGAACUGAGCGCAUGUGUGGAUGGCGUGGACGCCAAGGCGCAAAAGCUGACGGAGUUGAAAGUGAUGAAGUGCCACUCUGACAUCGUGGUCAGCACGAAGUUCAACCCACGCUUGCCGCUCCUCGUCACGGGGUGCCUCAAUGGGAAGAUCGUGUGGCUGCAGCCGGUCCUAUAGGCCAUCCUUGGCCGUACUUACCCCGUCGUGUGUUAAUAAAGUCCUAUUUGU